GCAUCCUCCUCCAGCGCCAACAAACGGCUCUGGACUGAAAUAAACAGAUAGUCUUUGAGAUUCUUAGAGGUGAUACGAUUCAGCACAGACAACUUCUUCUCCAAACAAGUUAAAGAUGCCCAACACACAAUCACAGUGACUCCAAGAAAAGUCCACAACAAUCCCAUUCAAUUCCUCAAGAUGAACACUUCAGAGACCACCCCUCUUUCCCUCUGGGCCAUCCCUGUCAACUCCAGUCCCGUUUCGCACAUCCUCAAUGUUACCGAGACCUCAUCCCAUGCCAAGCCAAAAGCAUGCGAGCAGCUCAACAUUGCCACUGAGGUGUUCCUCAUCCUCGGCAUUGUCAGCCUACUGGAAAACAUCCUGGUCAUCUGCGCCAUCGUGAAAAACAAAAACCUGCACUCGCCCAUGUAUUUCUUCGUCUGCAGCCUGGCCGUCGCCGACAUGCUGGUGAGCGUCUCCAACGCCUGGGAGACCAUAGUCAUCUACUUGCUCACUAACCGCCAGCUGGUGGUGGAGGACCAUUUCAUCAGACAGAUGGACAACGUUUUCGACUCUAUGAUCUGCAUCUCUGUGGUGGCGUCCAUGUGUAGUCUUCUAGCUAUUGCCGUCGAUCGCUACGUCACGAUUUUCUACGCUCUACGAUACCACAACAUCAUGACGGUUCGCCGGGCCGCACUCAUCAUCGGGGGGAUUUGGACCUUCUGCACCGGCUGCGGAAUAGUCUUCAUAAUCUACUCCGACAACACGUCCGUCAUCGUGUGCUUGGUGUCCAUGUUCUUCAUCAUGCUAGCACUCAUGGCCUCUCUUUACAGCCACAUGUUCAUGCUGGCGCGUUCUCACGUCAAACGCAUCGCCGCCUUGCCGGGCUACAACUCCAUCCACCAGAGAGCCAGCAUGAAGGCGGCCGUCACGCUGACCAUUCUUCUCGGGAUCUUCAUCGUCUGCUGGGCUCCGUUCUUUCUCCACCUCAUCCUUAUGAUCUCCUGCCCCAGAAACCUCUACUGCAUGUGCUUCAUGUCUCAUUUCAACAUGUACCUCAUUCUUAUCAUGUGCAACUCUGUCAUCGACCCGCUCAUUUACGCUUUCAGGAGUCAGGAAAUGCGGAAAACGCUUAAGGAAAUCAUCUGCUGCUAUAGCCUGAGGAACAUUUUUGGUAUGUCAAGGUAGCGUCAAACCAAAAAAAUAUAUUUCACGUAAAGUCUGAGAGCUGAAUGUGCCAACCCCCUGUUGAUCUAGAUGAAUAAUACCAUUUUGUGAUGAUGUGUACCAUGUACUUACUCAUACUCUAGAAUGCAAACACUUGAAAUCAGCUGGAGUAUUAAUUAACUCUUCAGGGCACAAUGAUGCAAAAUAGAAUUUUUAAUGAGAAAAUGUUUGAUAUAGAUGUUGUAAUAUUGUUGGAGAUUUAAGGAGGCCUUAAGGAGGUUCUAUGGAACAAUACACUGUAAAAAAAAAUAUUUUCAUGAUUUGUAAUCACAACAUUUUUUCUUUUGUCAAAUCA